AGAAUUUUUUUUUUUUUUUUGCAUUUUCAAUUUGGUGAUGCUCCGGUUCAGGAUUGUUUGGCCUUGGUGGAGGUACAUUGUACUAGUACUUUAAAAUGCAUCCCAGCUCCUGUGUGUAGGUUCAAAGUGAUUCUUCCUGUUUGUACUCCAUCCAUGCAUAAAAAGCUGCUUCAGUAACCUCAUUGCCAUCCUCAGUAAGACUACAUUGACUCCUUGCAGGCUUUAGUUUGAUCCUGUUGGCACGCAGGUCACCAAUGCCCACGCUAAUGAAGGCGGCCACGGAAGCUCACCUCACAAACGUUAGCGUAUCUUCUAAGUGGAUGUGUGUAAAUGUGUUUAAACGUCUCAUUGUGUGUGCGAGUGUACCUGUUCGGGGGGUGAUAAGGGCCGAUGCGGAGCGUCCUUUUGUUCACUUAGAAUUAUUCGCUUUUUCCCGAGUGAGGAAAAGCGCUCUAAUCCAACACGUGAGCGCAGGCGGGUUUAAGCGUCUCAAAACAAACCAGGAGUAGAUUAGAUAUGUUUGUUACUGUUUAGAAUCAUUGAAUCCAGCAGAUGGCGCUUUAGUAGUUCAAAGUUAUGGUUGUGAUUUUAGUGGGAAUGGAAGCUAAGGGAGAUACAGUACAUUGUUUUUUUAUUUUUUUUUUGGGGGGGGGGGGGGUUGAAGGGGUUGUACGCCGAACACAGCUCACAGUUUUUUUCUCCACUUCCUGCCAAGUAAACACCACAGUGAGCUUGAGUUAUUUUUAAAUCAAGCUUUAGGGCAUAGCUGAUUCUGCCCUUUGAAUUAUGCCUAGCAACAAGUUUAUCAAACAGUAAGAAAAAGUAGUGUAGUCAUUUUUUUAAAAAAAAGACUUGUGUCGGAAUUUGUUUCGUUAAGUACGAUUACAUUAGGAAACAUGACCAGAAAAGAAAAAUCGGAUAAAUUCUAUUGAGCUAGCUAAAAUGUUAUAAAACAGUCAAGAAAAAGUACUGCUGCUACCUUACUUUAUCAAAUAGCACGAAAAAUACUCAAACUGGUUACCGAACUGGUUGGUGGACAAUGGACAAAAAAAAAAAAAAACACUUCAACAAGUACACUAAAUCCAUUUACUGGCAUAAUCAAUGUUAAUUCCCCUCCACAAUAGAAAAUGUACUGUAGUCAUUUUUUUUUUAAAUACUUGUGUCGGAAUUUGUUUCGUUAAGUACGAUUACAUCAGGAAACAUGACUAGUAAAGAAAAAUCGGAUAAAUUCUAUUGAGCUAGCUAAAAAAGUUAUCAAACAGUCAAGAAAAAGUACUGCAGUCAUUUUUUUUUUAAAGACUUGUGUCGGAAUUUGUUUUGUUAAGUACGAUUACAUCAGGAAAGAUGACUAGAAAAGAAAAAUCAGAUAAAUUCUAUUGAGCUAGCUAAAAAGUUAUCAAACAGUCAAGAAAAAGUACUGUAGUAAUUUUUUUUUUAAAGACUUGUGUCGGAAUUUGUUUCGUUAAGUACGAUUACAUCAGGAAAGAUGACUAGAAAAGAAAAAUGGGAUAAAUUCUGUUGCGCUAGCUAAAAGCUUAUCAAACAGUAAAGAAAAAGUACUGAUGUUACCUUACUUUAUCAAAUAGCACGAAAAAUACUCAAACUGGUUACUGAACUGAUUGGUGGACAAUUUCUCAUUAAAAAAAAACCCACAAAAGCAACAAAAAAAAAUACUUCAACAAUUAAACUAAAUCGAUUUAGUGGCAUAAUUCAGUGUUAAUUCCCCUCCGCAACACUAGGUGGCGACACAUGUCUUUCUUCGUGUUUAUUGGUUGAUGUACAGGAUGACGGCACAAAAAAAAAUAAUAAAGUCGGGGAGGCUGAACUGGCAACUAAAUACAUACAAAGCCAUUUAGUCACCGAGCUAACGCGGUAACCAGCUAGUUAUAAAUAAAUAGCUAACAUGACUAAAUAGCUAACAUGACUUUUUUUUAAGACUUGUGUCGGAAUUUGUUUCGUUAAGUACGAUUACAUCAGGAAACAUGACUAGAAAAGAAAAAUCGGAUAAAUUCUGUUGCGCUAGCUAAAAGGUUGUCAAACAGUCAAGAAAAAGUACUGAUGUUACCUUACUUUAUCAAAUAGCACGAAAAAUACUCAAACUGGUUACUGAACUGGUUGGUGGACAAUUUCUCGUUUAAAAAAAACAACAAAAUAACAAAAAAAAAAUACUUCAACAAUUAAACUAAAUUGAUUUAGUGGCAUAAUUCAGUGUUAAUUCCCCUCCGCAACACUAGGUGGCGACACAUCUCUCUCUUCGUGUUUAUUGGUUGAUGUACAGGAUGACGGCCAAAAAAAAAACAACAAAGUCGGGGAGGCUAACCUGGCAACUAAAUACAUACAAAGCUAUUUAGUCACCGAGCUAACGAGGUAACCAGCUACUUAUAAAUAAAUAGCUAACAAGGUAGCCCCGCCUUUCUCUUGCACAGUUGUUGCAAACUGGGGGGCAUGUGAGUCACAAGCAGCAGCUUCCUCUAUGCCCUUCUCUCUCUCUCUCUCUCUCCGUCCUUCCUGUCUUCUUCUGUGAUGCCCCCCCCCCCCCUUUCCGCCCCUCUCUCUGGUCUCUCAGUCUAAAAACUGAGCUCCCAGUCACAGCAGAGACGUCUGCCGGAGCGUCUGUUUGCCUGUUGCUCGACACGGGAGUCAUGUGGACUUAAUUGAAAGCCGACCAAAGGACGUACUCGGAGGAGGAGGAGGAACAAUGUUGUUGUUGUUGUUAUUUAGAGGAGGAAGAAGGGAAGCCGUGUGUCUUUUCUUUUGACCUUACCGUCAUACUGAGAUCUUCUGGCUGCUGCAGCUGGGGGUGUCCGCUACAUCGUUGGCAGCUUCCUGGGUAGUGCCACGUUUUCGGUGAACGAUCUGAUUCGAGCCAAAGAUGAACGACUGACCUUGCGUCUCAGGUCAUCGGAUGGUGGGUGUGCACCCGGAACUGUGGUGGUGAGUCGUCUGAAGAUGGGCGAGAUGGAGGAGGCGGAGCACAUCACCACUGACGUACCGUCCCAGAAGAGUCCCUUGGUUUGUGACUCUGCAUCCCACAGCUGCAUCGAAAGAGACCGCCUCUUGACAGGACCAGUGUUCACCAAUCCAGUAUGCAAAGUCUACAGGUUCCAAACUGUGGACAACAAGUGGAUGCUGGUACGUGAACAAAUGGAGGAGUGCACGUUGUCCUUCAGCAUCCCCAAGCAGUUGCUCUCACUCUACAUGCAGGAGGACAUGAGCAGGGUGCAGGACCUGAAGGAGCUGGGGGAACUAUCUCCUCACUGGGACAACUUACGCAAAGAAGUGAUCACACGAUACACAGGCGUCAUCAACUCCUACCAGGAGACGUUGGCUGAAAUGGAGAAGGUUACCGGUCCGUCCUUCAAGCCAAGUUGCUGCAAAGCCCAGAAAUGUCUGGAGUUUGUCCCAAUAAACCUGCACACCCAGAGGAUGAGGGUGACGUGUCCCAGAAAGACAGACGCGUCCUACGACAUCGUCACCGUCGGUGCUCCCGCCGCACACUUCCAGGGCUUCAAGGGUGGCGGUCUGCAACGUCUUCUCAGCAGAUAUGAAACCGAGAAGAAAAGCUUCAGCACCGCCUACCAGUGUAUCUACUACUCCCCAGAGCACACGGCCAAAGCUCAGGAGGUUCUGAGCAGCGUCAGCCUCCUGCAGCCGCUCAUCACAAGCUUAGCCGACCAACUCCUACAAGCUGCUCAGGAGCGAUCCGCGCCGGGGCUCAGGGAGGCGCUGAAGAACCUCUCUGACAAGACGGAGCAAUUUGUCCACACGCUCAAGGAUGAGCUGGUCAAGUGCGCUCUGCUGGCGCUGCACGCCGCCCAGCCUGGAUACGUGUCCAAGAACCAGAAGACCACACGUCACGACCAAAGCCCCGUCCAGACGCCCGUUGAGAAGACAACGGUGUGUAACAACGUGGACGACUCCAUCCCGCAUCACAAGGAGUACGACGAGGAGGAAUGGGACAGAGUUUGGGCCAGCGUGGCCAAAUGUCUCAACUGUGUCAUCGCCAUGGUGGACAAGCUGGCCGAGGAAGACGACCGCAACGACAAGCAGGAGCGUGUCACAGAGCAACACCUGGCUGACGUCAUCACCUCACACAACCCCAGUGACUGGCGGGAGCAGCUGUGCCCCCUGGUGGCCAGAUUAAAGGAAUGCAUAACAGAGGUGGUGGACAGGGCCAAGAGGGCGGUUACCUUUGUCCUCCUGCAGGAGGCGGCGUGCAGCAUUCCGCAGGGCUUCCUUCUGCAGCAGAGGAGGGACGUCGUCUUCAGUCAGGCUCUGGCAGUGUUGGCGUGUGGUUUCGUCAUGCGUCUUUACGCAGGAAUGCAGGACAAAGGUUUUCUGAGGCAGCUCCACCUUGUCGGCCUAGUAGCCCAGUUCGAGAGCCUACUCAGCACUUACAGUGAAGAGAUCGGGAUGCUGGAGGACAUGGAGGUGGGAAUCUCGGACCUCCAGAGAGUUGUCUUCAAGAUUACCGAAGCCAAGACGGACCAGCUGGGUGACCUUCAGCCAGUCGUGCGAGGCAGACGGGACCACUUCACUGUGGAGGUCCCACUUCCGGGCCCGGCCUUCCAGAACCUGCCGGAGGAAAUCAAGGAGGGAAAACACUUGCGAGUGUUUCCGGUGCUUUUUAACGUGGGCAUCAACGAACAGCAGACAAUAGCGGAGAGGUUUGGUGAUAUUUCUCUUCAAGAGAGAAUAAACCAGAAGAACUUUGAGAUGCUGGAGUUUUAUUACAAAUCACUUAGUGAAAAGUUGCCACAUGAAUGUCUACCAUGUUUCCAAACCCAGACUGACAUAAAGGAACUACUUGAAACCCUGGGCCAGAAUGUAGUCACUAAGCGGCGGAAGAAUGUGGAGAUUCUGUGGAUCGCUGCGGCGAUUUGCCGAAGGCUGAACGGCAUCAGGUUCACCAGCUGCAAAAGUGCCAAAGAUCGAACGUCCAUGUCGGUCACAUUGGAGCAAUGUGCCCUCCUGCGUGAUGAACACCAGCUCAGCAAGGACUUCUUCGUUCGAGCUCUGGACUGCAUGCGGAGUCGGCUGUCCCACGGAGACUUCGGUCGCUGGGAGGACCCCGAAGCUGGUGCGGCGACAGAGAACAAACCAACAUCCCGUCACUUUUAUCCCAUCGCCCUGCUGCUCGUUAGCUCCCACCUACUGGUUGUUUGGCUCAUUUUAAGUCUUGUUUUUCUGCUUGCAAAGUAUCAAUAAAAAAAUGACCUCAAUGACAUCUUUACUCAUUUUCUCUUUUCUGUCUGCGCUGAUCGUUCUUUUAUGGGAAAGAAUAACAAUCAAUCCCGGCACUGUCACUGACGAUCAAGUGGUCUUGUCAGAUUUAACAAUUUAAUAUGAAUUAUUGUCUGAAUGAAGUGCGAAUCCUCGUGAACUAACGAUAUUACAGGAAAACUACACUUUUGGGUUUGUUUUCCCCAUCAUCCACAAUUCUUAUAUGAAACAUGAAUGAACACACUUUCCCUUUUGUGUGUGUUCUAAAGAGAGAAAAACAGUUAGCAUGAGGGAGCUAACAAUGCUCAUCGUAGGGCACACCUAUUUCAGCUAUUGAAAAUUUGAUAGAAGCUUUUAUCCGCCUACUCAAAAUAAAGUGGAAAAGACGCCCCAGACCAGCUGGACCGGGCAAACAACCGCCUGUUGCGUAAGUCCCCAUGAUAUGAUAUUAAUUGUGAUACAGGAGCACCAAGCGCAGGAUACUACAACACAGUUGUGUACAUCGUAUCAGUAUGGAUUAAUUAAUUUGGGAUCAUGUAUUAAUAAUACAAAAAAAAUAAAGCCUUACAUAACAAA